CCUUCCCUCUCCACACAUCUUCUUUUCUUUUUCCAUAUCUAAAUCUCUCUUACUUUCUCUCUCUACAAUCUCUCACUUUCUCUCUCUACAAUUCUUAACCCAAAAAAAAGAAAAAAAAAAACUCAAACAUACUCGUAUAACUCCUCAUGUACCCAUCAUCUUCACCUUCUUCAUCGUCCCAAAAGCCCAUGGGUCCCACACCACCCACAACCACGACGGGACUCACACGCUACGGCUCAGCCCCGGGCUCUCUUUUAACCACAGCCGUCGAUUCCAUCAUCGGACAAACCGGCCGCGAAUUCUCAGCCCUUCGAUCAACACCGCCACCACCACCACCUUCUUUUAUGGCCCCACAACAACAACAACAACAACACCACCACCACCACCACCACAACAGUCACAGCCAAAGCCACCACUACUUUUCUAGUGACUCCUCUUCUAUCACCACUGAGUCAACCUGCAAAGUCAACUCAUCCAACGAUCCCAACAAAGACCACCACAAAGGAGGAGGAGGAGGGUUGCAGAGAUCGUACGGUCUCAACGAAAUGCCCUCUUUUGGUGAUUUCACUAGUAAUUUGAAAAUUGGUGGUGGAGCUGGAUUAUCUUCUUCGUCUUCGUCUUCGUGUUCAUCUUCUUCUUCAGCUUCAGCUCUGGUCCGACAAAGAAGCUCUCCUGCUGGUUUCCUUAGCCAUCUCGCUUCUGAUAAUGGUUUUUCAGUUACAAGGGGAUCUGGAGGCUAUGCCUCACAAGGUGGCUCUAAUGGUGGCCAUGGAGUAUCAAGGUUGAAGUCUCAGUUGAGUUUCACAAGACAAGAUUCUCUUUCUCAAAUCUCAGAGGUGAGCGAGGAUGUUGUUGAUGGCAUCAGCUCUGACAAUGGCCACCAAAAUGCCUCGCAUUCUUAUGCCACUAGUAGCUUUGGAAUGGAUUCCUGGGACAACGCAAAUUCUAUAAUAUUUUCAGCCCCACCAAGCAAACGGGCGAAAAAUCUUGAUGGAGACAUUUACAACUGCUUGAAUAGUCUAGAAACUCAGUUUAGCCUGCCGCAAACGACUCUUGAGAUGGCCACGGUGGAGAAGCUACUUCAUAUCCCUGAAGACUCUGUUCCAUGUAAAAUCCGUGCUAAGCGUGGCUGUGCCACUCACCCCCGAAGCAUUGCUGAAAGGGAGAGAAGAACCAGAAUCAGCGGGAAAUUGAAGAAAUUACAAGAUCUUGUCCCUAACAUGGAUAAGCAAACGAGUUAUGCGGACAUGUUGGACUUAGCAGUUCAACAUAUCAAAGGCCUUCAAAAUCAAGUUCAGAAGCUCCGCAACGAUCUUGAUGGCUGCACCUGUGGAUGCAAUCAAACCACAUAAUGUUUGCUAACAAGAAAUAAAUGAUAGAAAGGUUUUGCAUUGGAGUCAGGGAUGUUGAAGAUGGUAGGGAACCCAAGCUAGGCCACAUUUUGUUACCUUGCCAAAUUAGAUCUAAUAUUGCAGUAGUGAGUUAUAGAAUUCAGAUGUAUAUAAUGAAGCAAUACUGUUAUUUCCUAGUCCAUGAGGAAAAAAAUGUGUAUCUCUUUCUGUAGAGGGGAUUGAAUAGAAUGCGGUUCAGUUUUCUAAUCUUUGAUCCUUUUGUACA